CGCUAAGCACGUAACAUGCACACCAAGUACCAAGACCGCGUCAUCCCAAAAACCUUUGCCACAAUUACAAAAUCUUCCCGCGCCCAAUAUAAAAGCGGCGCGUCCAGACUCACCUCACUUGAUCCUCGACCUUCUAAGGAGCCAGACGUUUAAAAAAUAAAAAUUAAAAUGAAAGUGCUGUGCAUCAUCCUGAUUGGUGCUGUGCUUGGGUGCUUUGCGGCGCCUGGGCCUGGUGAAGACAAGCUUGAGUUGUUCUCAGGGGUUGCCAUUGAAAGGGAUGCAUCUGGAGAAGAAAAACUAAACGUCAAAUUCGAGCCAGGCGAGUUGAAGGAAGCAGCCAGGACUUUUGAAGAAGCUCGUGGUAAAAUCAAGAAGUACACGCCCCUCCUCGCAGGGAUUGGCGUAAAGGUGAUCGCCGUAGUUGGCCUCCUCUUCGGCGGUCUCACGCUGCUCGUCACCAAGGCUCUGGUGGUAGCCAAGUUGGCCUUCUUGGCUGUGGCGGCGCUGGGCAUCCAGAAACUGUGGAGCGGUGGCAGCUUGAACAAUAUUAGUGGAAAGCUCACUGGGUUCCAGUCCGCAUCUCCGCAAUGGAACUCCCCAACGGCACCCGCUUCUUCCUACCCCUACGCCAGAUCCUCCAGCAUUGCUCAAGACGCCAACGACUUGGCUUAUAAGGCACAGAUACCCUCUUAAAGUAAUUAACACUAUUGUUUAUUACU